GGCCGCUCCGCGCUCAUGCCUGCUGUGGUGUCUGACUCCGUGAGGAUGGACGGUGUGUCGUUGGGUCUGGUGGCCACACCGGCCUCACCGCAUCCAAACUGUACCACAGAGUCGGAGGAGGACACGGUGAAUGGAGGGAUGCACACCUUCAACCAGACGCACAUGAGGAAAGCAUUUCAGCUGAUGAACGACCUGAGAAGUAAAAAGAUGCUCUGUGACGUCCAGCUGGUGGCGGGGAGUGUCGAAGUGCCCGCUCACAGGGUGGUCUUAGCAUCCUGUAGCCCCUACUUCUGUGCCAUGUUCACAGGUGAUAUGAGCGAGAGCAAAGCCCAUCAGGUGGAGAUCAGAGAAGUGGACGGUCAGACCCUGAGAAAGCUGGUCGACUACAUUUACACAGCUGAGAUAGAAGUUACGGAAGACAACGUCCAGGUUCUGUUGCCGGCAGCCAGUCUCCUCCAGCUGAUGGAUGUUCGUCAGGUUUGUUGUGAAUUCCUGCAGUCUCAGCUUCACCCCACCAACUGUCUGGGCAUUCGAGGCUUCGCUGACCUGCACACAUGCACACAACUUCUCAACCAAGCCCACGCAUACGCUGAGCAGCAUUUCACUGACGUGGUGCAGGGCGAGGAGUUUCUGGGCCUCUCUCUGCAGCAGGUGUGCAGCCUCAUCUCCAGCGACAAACUCACCGUCUCCACUGAGGAAAAGGUGUUUGAAGCAAUGAUAUCUUGGAUCAAACACGAUAAGCCGGCUCGUCUUGAGUACAUGCCCAAACUAAUGGAGCAUGUCAGACUUCCACUACUGUCCAGGGAUUACCUGGUACAGAUUGUUGAGGAAGAAGCUUUGAUAAAGAACAACAACACCUGCAAAGAUUUUCUCAUAGAAGCCAUGAAGUAUCACCUGCUGCCGGCCGACCAGCGGCACCUCAUCAAGACCGACAGGACACGACCACGAACUCCCAUCAGCAUCCCAAAGGUGAUGAUUGUGGUGGGUGGUCAGGCUCCGAAGGCCAUCCGCAGUGUGGAGUGUUACGACUUCCAGGAAGAUCGCUGGUACCAAGUAGCCGACCUGCCUUCAAGACGCUGCCGGGCAGGUGUGGUCUCUAUGGGAGGGCGGGUGUAUGCAGUCGGAGGCUUCAACAGUUCGCUGCGGGAGCGAACGGUGGACGUGUACGACGGAGUCAGAGACCAGUGGAGCGCCGUGGCGAGCAUGCAGGAGAGGCGCAGCACGCUGGGAGCUGCUGUGUUGGGGGAUUUACUGUAUGCUGUGGGAGGCUUUAACGGAAGCAUAGGAUUGUCAACAGUAGAGACGUUCAAUUAUAAAACCAACGAGUGGGUGUACGUAGCCUCCAUGAACACCCGACGCAGCAGUGUGGGCGUAGGGGUGGUUGAUGGUAAGCUGUAUGCAGUUGGAGGGUAUGACGGAGCUUCACGUCAGUGUCUCAGCACAGUGGAAGAGUAUGACCCAGUGUCUGAUCAGUGGUGUUAUGUAGCUGACAUGAGCACACGUCGAAGUGGAGCAGGUGUGGGUGUGCUGGGCGGUCAGCUGUAUGCAGCAGGUGGACAUGACGGUCCUCUGGUGAGGAAGAGCGUCGAGGUGUACGACCCACAGACCAACAGCUGGAGACUGGUGUGCGACAUGAACAUGUGUAGACGAAACGCAGGUGUCUGUGCCAUUAACGGGCUGCUGUACGUGAUUGGAGGAGACGAUGGGUCCUGUAACCUUUCCUCUGUAGAGUUUUAUAACCCGGCCACAGACAAGUGGAGCCUCAUUCCCACCAACAUGAGUAACGGACGAAGCUAUGCUGGAGUAGCAGUGAUUGACAAGCCGCUAUGACCAGAGGCGUCACACAGCAUCAGCUCUGAGUCAGCAGCCGGUUGCACAGAGACUCACUCUGACAUCUGAAGCUCAACAGGCAAAUGAAGAAGCAACGCCUAAAAUACAUAUUGUCCAAAAAGAUGAGACGCCCUCAAUCCUCAGCUAACACAAUCACAGAUGAAUCUUGAUUUUGUGUGUGUGUGUGUGUUUUGGGGACUUCAACCCACAACCUGAAGUUGUUGCUGUCUCCAAGCCGUUUCCAUCAGAGCUCUGUGAGAUCCUGACUUGUAAGGACACUGUUGCACUGGAUAGGAAGUACCAGCUUCAGGAUUGAGGGCUUAUACAAACUUUUAAAGAGAAGUUUUCAAACGCCAAGCACAUAACUAGCAGCUGCAUCAGCUGUCAUGAGGGUCACUCAGAUGUGGACGUUGGAGAGACUGACUGUCAGGAAGGAACUGAUGUCGAUGGGCCAAAUGGACGAAGUGCUUUAGAAGCUCAAUGGUGUAACUACAUUCACGUGAUGGACUGUGUCAAACCCUGAGAACUGAAUACCUAAAAACACCAGCUGACAAAACGUUGACUGGCUGCACAAAAGCGCGCUGUUUCAGGCGGACCGGCUGCGUACAACAUUAAGGAUGUUCCUGCAAUAAUCUGCACGUUGCAACGCCGGCCUGUGAUUGGCUGCUGCAAGAGCAUUAUUCAAAAUCCUGGAAGCGCAAUGGGAGCCAUUUUUUUAAAAAGACUCGCCCCUGUUCUUAGAAUACAAAAAAGCUUUUGGCAACUAUUUCCUCAGCUUGAUUGAGCUGCUCGACCCCUGUGUCGACCAUCAGCAGGUCCAGCUGUCGGACUACAUGUAAAACGUCUCAGUUGCCAGGAAGUAUUUGUUCUCAACUCGGAGGCCAGGAGCUAAAGAGAGCUGCAAGAGAUGAUAAAGAAUGUACAAAACAUCUUAUAUGCAAAUUAAGUGUCAUAUUUAAUAUUUUUGAAUUUUCAAAGGGGCUGAGCACCACUGCAGUGGCUUCAGGCCCGGGCCAGUUGAUCCGAUGUGGUGGGACUUGAUUCUGAACACACUACUGAUGCACUGAUCACUUGCACUGACUGGAACAGAGCGGCAGGCCGGCCGUCUGACUCACCGAGCGGCCGGCUCGACGUCUGCCCGUCUUUCUGACUGACCAACGAGCUGAAUCGCUGACCUGCUGUCGGACGGACGGCCGCUCAGCCGUCUGUCUCCGUUACUGAUCGCACUCACGGGAGCUUUUAAACUCACCGUUUAAAAGCCAAUAGUUUCAUCGGAAAUUGUAAAAGAAAAAUGUGCCAGUUACGAUGGAACAGAAUCAGAACAAUGCUGGAGAUGUUUUUAUUGCUUAGUAACAAAUUGAAAUAAUGAUUUGUUUCUCCUCGUUGUCUAACGGAGUAUAUCAGAAAUGCACUGUAGAAGUUCAAUUGUAAAAUUAUCAUGUAAAAGAUGCAGGAUUAAGAUUUUUAUUUAUUGCUCUGGUUCAGUUGAUCACAUAGCAUUUAUUCAUAUCAAAGUCAUUUUCUCAGCCUGAUAAUGUUGCAUUUGUGCCCUCGUCACAUCCACUUAGAUGACGGUGGGCAUAUUUUAGAUGUAGUUAUUUAGUGAGCUGACUGGUGCCAUCGCUUUGAAGACAAUGGAUUUGUAGAAGCUGUUUUAUGAAAGGUUAUUUUUCAGCCAACCUUUGAUUUCUGUCAGCGAUCUUUCAAACAUCACAGAGUUACUUUGGAAGUAUGUAAAACACUAAUACGACCGUACUGUUGUUUGUGAGACGUAUUGAGCUCCAUUAGUCCCAUCCACGAUGCAAACAUGCAGAUUUAUGAGUGAGUCUUCAUGUUUUUCAUGUUAGUUUCAGUUCUUAUGAUUUCAAACUUGGAGUGACUUGAAGCUUGCGUAAGAUGCCGUAAGUGAUCACUGUGAACAUUCCAGUUUUCUUUUUUUUUUCUUUUUAGAGACAGCACAGGUUUAGGGGGUGUUCGGAGCACGAAGUUAAAGUUGGAGCUUUUUAAUACGGUGAUGCUGCCAGAGAACCACACCAGAUUUAGAGGUGUUGUAUCGUCGGGUGACACUUUUUCUUUAUAGCACCAAAGCAUGUGUUGCCAACUGAGAAUCGGAGUCUUAAGAAACACAGGUGGAGGUAAAUUAACGCACUUGGCAGCAGUUAAAGAGGGGAUUUUAAGCACAAAUGUAGAAGCCUUCCGUUAGCACCCCAAUCCAAACAAUCAGAACCGACAUCACUACAUUUCUCAAAAUAAGAACUCCACACAGCUCACUGGCAUCUGUCUCAAGCAAAUUCAGGUCAUUGUUACUUGAUGUUCAUAUUGGUUCAACAACAAUGGAAACAUAUGAAAGAAGCGUUUUUCACUCUCUAAGCAUUGUGAUACUACAGACCAUAAUUAACAAUAACUUUAUGCAGUUUAGUGUAGAUGGGCUAAAACAUAAAACACCACCUGUGUGAUUGAUGUUCAGAAUGAAUUCUUAACUAAAGUAUUUCAUCUUUAGGUGCAUUUAGUCACGUUGAUGGUGAUCUGGUCAAAAUCUCCACAACAGUGACUAAAUGGGCUCUGAAGUGAGAUUCUUUGAAGUUUCCUGAUUAAUAAUGUUCUUACUGAGUGCAGAUGUUAUAUUUUUAAUAUAAACUGUGGAUGUUGUGAACCAAA